AUGAUAUUACAUGCCUGCUGGGCGCCCCGCGUUUUCAUGGAGGACCUCGCUGUGCUCCAGCGCGAGCACGCGGCGCUCCGUCACCGCGUGCUGCGGCUGCUCGAGUCGUGCGCUGGCGAGCUUCUGCAGCGCGGGCUGCUCGACUUCCUCGUAGUGCGCGGUGCGACGCUCGCAUUGCCGGCGAGCGCGGCGGCACUGCUCUCGCUCACUGUCGAGCGUCAUCCGGAGCUGUCGAGGUACGAGGUUGGCGCGGGCAACGUGACGCGCGCGCUCUUCGAGCUCCAGAACCUGGUGCCCGCCGCGGUGCGGGUCGAGCAGGGCGAGCUGGCGUUCCUCGACGCCACCGCCCUCUCGGCCUUCCAGGACCGGCUGCUCGGCCGCCCGUCCGCUGGCGCCUCGGCGGGCACCGCGGGCGGCGGGGACAAGGGUGGGCGGAAGCGGACGGCGACGGCCGCGCACGAUAGCGAGCUGGCGGCAGUGAUGGAUCUGGUGGGGACAAAGUCGGCCAAGGAGAAGGAGCGGCAGGAGCAGGCGGCCGAGCUGCGAGCCGCGUCGCUGUAG